GCCUCUUUGACGAGGAUGGCGAGGCUGCGCCCGCACUUAAGAUGGCUGCCGGCCUCCAGUACUUCAGACGUGUCUGGAAGCCGCGGGGCUGCCGGUUAAGAUGGCGGCCGUUCCCCCCUUGCCUCCGAGGAGUUUGCCCUCAGCCAACAUGGCCGCCCUUCCUCUCUCUCUUCCAAGGGCAGUGAAGCCGCUUUGCCCUCAGUUAAGAUGGCGGCCCCCAGCGGAGCGGGGUGUCCGUUGGCGCGGCGGCCGUGGUGAGGGAACGGAGCGCAGGGGCUGAGCGAGCAGCGGGGAGAGUUGAGGCGAGGCGGGGAGGGAGAAGGCAUCGCUACCGACAGCGCUUGGGAGCUUAUAGUCAGCACUGCUGUAAUGUCCUGGGUACAAGUUGCAGUCAGCCGUUCCAGUGAGGAUGUAUUUGAUGAAGAUGCAGAUGAGAUGUAUCUACUACGGAAAGAGUGGAACAGCACCAUGAAAAAAAGAUUGAAGGAAGGCUAUAGGGAUGGAAUUGAGGCUGGGAAAGAACUUGCCCUCCAGGAAGGCUUCAAUCAAGGUUACAGACAUGGUGCAAAGCUGAUGGUUACCUGUGGCCAGUUCAGGGGAACCCUGAAUGCUCUCUUAUCCUGGUGUCAUCUUAAUGGACAUGAUUCUGCCUUAAGUAAGAUAAAUAAUCUUCUCGGUGUGAUUGGAAAGCAUGAAGAUGAUGUGCUUAAAUAUCUGAAUUCUGUUGAACAACAGCCACAUCUUGGACAUAUUUUGGAUUCUGUUCAGGACAUGGAUCUCAAUUGCACAUCUCCAGCUGGGACAGAGUACAAUGAAGUUAAAGCUGGAAGACAUGAAGAUACUGGCAGCCCUAAUGAAAAUGUUUGGACAAAUAAUGGUGAGGUUGGUUCCUUGCAGUCCGAGUGCAGCAAGGCAAAACUCUGUACAGAACCUGAAGGGUCAACUCUUGCUUGGGUUAAAAAGCAGACUGUUUGGCUAGUGGAGCAACUAGGCUUAUCACUGGAUGUACUCCAUCAUGUCCAGCAGCUGGAACAUUAGUUUUUCUGUCUCAUGGUAUUUAAAAUAAUAUCAACUGGGUCUGAUUCUCGGUUUGUGGACUACGCACAGACUGAUACAUCACUGCAUUUUAAGGAAAUCUGAUUUUGAUACUUUCCAGUAGAGGUAAUUUCUGUAAAUCUUCACCAUGCUUUGGCUUCUUGCAAAAAAUCCUCUUGCUUUCAAUCUUAAACGUAACUUUUACAGGAAGAGGAAAUUACUUUUAAAGCUCAACAAAGGUUUACUAAACAUGUUUCUGUUCUGUAUCUGAAGCUAAGUUGUAACCUUCGUUUUCUCUUUUGGCAGCACUUUGGAAAUAGAGCAGGUCCCUUAAAUAGCCCAUCUAAAUAGGUUCCCUCCAAUAUCUAAAAAAUAAAUGCCCAGUGCUGUGGACAAGGUAUUACUACAGAAUAAGCUGCUGUUGAUGAUAUGCUAACUCUAUGCAAAACAAAACAGGAUUUGCUGCUGAUUUCUAGCAUGAUGUGAAUCUCUGUAGUCACUAUAUAAAAUACAGGAAUUUUACCUCUUUUGCCAAAUUCUUCUUCUUAGCUUUUGUAAAAACUAUCCAUUUUCAUGGUUUAAAACUGUUUUUUCCUCCUCAAAUACUUCUCUUUAUUUCACUUUUACUGAAAACACACCAUUCUCUUGAAAUGCAGAAUUACUGACAGUUCCAUUGUUUUACUGUUUGAACACUACUCUUACUCUGUUAGACCACACUGAACAUGUUUCCAAUCUAAUGAACUUCCUUUUGUUAUUUUUGUAUUUAUUUUGCCAGUCUCUCUAGCCUGAACUCUCUUUCCCACAUUCCCAUAGUGCUUUUUCCCAAACUCUUCAAGGUAGCCAGGCUUAUUCACCUUUUCUCAGAAAUAUGUUUUCAGCCACAUUUGCAUAUUUCUGACAGCUUUUAUAUUUCUGUGCCAGUGUUCUGUAUUUGAGUCACCUGUUGCUUGCCUUAGCUGUAGCUGCCAAUUGCUCUGGUCAGGAAGUCUUUCUGUGAAUAGCAGUCUCUGUUCUACACUAUUUAAACUGAUUUACAGUAAGUUAGGAGUUUAGUUGUUUUAAGUUGCUUGUAACUUUUCUUUAUGUCUGAAACAAAGCAGGUCUAGACAGAGACAAACUGAAAUUUUGAACAGCUGACCUAACUAUACUUUAAAAAAAAUAUUUUCACUCAAAGUACUGAUACCAGAAAAAAUAUAAGGUGAAAAUUGCUUGAGUGUCAGAGACUAAGUUGACAAUUUUCUUACUAAAGACUCUCUUAUCCUGCCAUGGAGUUUGUAGACAGGUUCAAAGGCCAUUUAAAGGCACUUACGCAUUAGGGGAAAACAGAACAGCAAUUAAGAAUAUCUAAUUGAGCUUGUUCUAGGAAUAGUGGUCAGAUAGAUCUGUCUGCAUUAAUUCAACACGUACAAAAUUGUUCAAACCAUCCUUUUUCUCAAUUUAUUUAGCAUAAUACUGACAUGGAUAUACUUUUCUACAAGUUCAUAUGUUAUAUUUCAGCCAGACAGAAAUUUUGUUCUUAUUGUGCUAGACUGUGGUACAGACAAAAAUAAAGGUUACUAGAGCAGUGUUAGACUUUACAGAUUUGUGAGGUUAGAAAUGCAAAUUCUAGAGCACUACUUCAAUAUAAUUAAUGGUGUACAAAAAGUAAACUCUAUUCACAAAUUACUGCAGUGAGCUUUCCAAGAUCUCUCCCACUACUUCUGCAAAAGCAGUCUACACCAGGGAAAGUAUUUCUUUUGUGUUUGACUAUCAAAAAAUAGAUAGUGUGUUUUACUUAUCUGUCAUAACAGCUUCUGUACUAGCUGUGGAAUUGCCUUCCUCCACUCUGCACAAAGUUUCUGUGCUUACUGUGGGGUUACUUUCUUCUGUAUUAUUACCCACAGUUUCCAGUUUGGUUGUGGAGAGAUUUUCUUCUUCUGUAAUACUUGGCUUAUCUGUCACUACCAAACCCUGCUGCCCAGGCACAGAAGGACUUUCUUCAAGACUAUUGGAAUCCAUAAUUGGUUCAGAGGCUGGUUCAGGUUCUUGUUUCAAGUCUGCUUCCAUGUCUUGUGUUUCACUAUCAGCUUUCACCUUGGCCGCAUUCCUGAAAAUAGCUCUCAUGACUACAGGGACUGACAUGCAACUGAAGGAGGAAAUGAGACAUUUGUUAGUGCUUCAUCCAUUCUUCAACGUAUGAUUUCAAAACUCUGGCUGCCACCUGAAUGAUAGGUGUGGUGAAAAACAGCCUGUGAAAUUUUUUUGCUUUUUUUUUGCUUUGUACCUUAUAGGUGUUACAUUGUAACUACAAUAUAUGUUCUAUACCGGAAACAUAUGAAAUCAAAUGCUGAAUCUUUGAGCCUGGCAUUCCAAAGAAGCUUUGAUAGAAAAGUGGUGGAGUUUGUUAAAAAAAAAAAAAGUCAUAAGGGAGCUUUUAAUUAAAGCCUAAACUAAUUGAAAUA